UUUUCGCACCGGGCAAGGACUCCGUAGAGAAGUAUUAUUGUUUGAUGCGAGUCGAGAAAAACUAUAUAGGGAACUUAAAAUAUGACAUCAGAUGUUAGUUCGGUCAUCUGGUGUAUUGUACUCGGACGUCAUGAAGUUCUGUGCUAUUUCUAAUAAGAGCGUCUUAAUUUCAGGCUUGGUAAUCGUCGCCCUAUUAACUGGCUUGAGAACGACUCGCGCAGACGAUGACAGCUCAUCGUCCUCGUCAACCGAAGAAAAAGGCGUACCAAUAAUUCGGCAAAUAAACAAAGUCAACGAUGACGGAACCUACACUUACGGUUACGAGGCAGCCGACGGCAGCUUCAAAAUCGAAACCAGAGACGUGCUGGGUAACGUCAAAGGCAUGUUCGGUUUUAUCGACGAAUCCGGCGAAUUGAAACGAGUCUCGUAUACCGCCAACAAUGAAACAGGGUUCAAGAACUCGAUGCUUCAUCCACCCACCAGCACACCUUACAGUACAGCCAGACCUAUAGGUAGUCAGCAUCAUCAUCAAAGUGGUGGCGAACCUGGCCGAAGACCUGUGCUUAUAUUGAAGAAUGUGCCUUUGGUUCACGGAUCGACUAAAGGCCCAGUCAUUCAGCAUAUUCCGAAGAAGGCCAAAGAAGAAGAAGACGAAGCAGUCGGUAUUAAUGGUCGCAGAUUCCCUGCCAAUGAUACCCAAAGUACCAGUAGUUCGUCUUCGGGAGAAGAUCGAGGAGCAGAUGAGGGUAAAUCGUCGCACACUAACGGAGUCGCGAACCCUCUACGUAAAGUGCUAGUUUCAAAACGACCAGUCGAAGAUAAAGAUAUCAAAGGCAAGGGAGGUAACAGCCUGAGAAGGCAAUUGAGCCGAGGAGGAUUCGACUUGAGAGGCGAAAUGAGCCACAUUUACGCCGGAGGUGGCCUUCCACCCCAUCUGGACGCCCUUAUGUCCGAACUGAGACCAAUUCAAGUGGUCAGAACAGCCUCUCCUGAAUCGAUCGGUUACCAAACAGUUGACGUCGAAGCAGUACCUCAAGAAAUCAACGAAAUAUCCACCACAACCGAGGUCCCUGCGUACGGAACUCGUAAAUACGUCCAUCCAUCCGGCCCACCCGGAUACAUAAGUCGGUACAGACCUGCAGCUGCUGCAGGCAGACACCACGUGGCGGUUUCGGAGGAAACUCAGCAGUAUUUGCAAGAGGUAACUCCUCGACAGGCUCCUCCAUUACCUCCUCAUCAGCUGCCUCAGCAAGGUCUACCUGCCGUCCCUCAAACGCUGCCUUACGCUUUGAACGUGCCAUUCGGAGGCCAAGCCUCGCCCAAUUACCAAAUGCAACCUCACUAUUACGAUCAACCUCUACCUUACUCGAUACCUCCGAACUUACGAGAUGAACUAAUGGCCAUCAUAUACAACUAUCUACAAGUCAGACUAGGACCAUUGGGACAACAAGGCUACUAUCCUCAUCCAGGCGCAUAUCCAAGAUCUCCUUACCCUCCAGGACCCUACCCCUACAAUUCACCUUUAGUCAACCCAGCUGCAUACUCGAACCCGUACCCGUACAUUAAUCCUUACCUACCCCAACAAUAUUACCCCUACGGUCCAAACCCAGCCGCCGGAAUUUACCCAGUUCCAAGUCAAACCCCUUAUGCCGGACCUAAUGUGCAGUUUUCACCCCGACAAGAGCUACCCCAUCAUCGUAGAAUUGCACAGAACCGGUUACCAACUCGAUCGGCUGCAGCUGCAGAUGACGCUGAUCUGCUUCAAAUGCUACUCGCGUCUCCUACUCGUAUGCCCAUUAGUCAGCUGAAAUAUUCGCCCACGACUGAAAGAAGCCUCGGAUCGUCCAGAGUUACACAACCAAUCAGGAAUCUGCAAAUUAUCACCGAGACCACCGAAUCCAGACCGGUUACGACUGAAACGCCGGAAAGAUAAGUUGUCUUAGAACCAAUGCGAACUGCAGAUGACGUGUGAUAUGUUACCAAUUUUUUUCCUUCUCAUUUUUUACUAGUUCGUCGCGAUUAUUUUUACGAAAUAUCGCGUCAUUUUUCGAGAGCUAUUCCCUUUCAUUCGAUCGAGUGAAAUAAACCAAAAAUAAAAUGUGUUAAUGUGUACCUACUAUUGUGUGCAUUUGGUGAACUCGUGAGAAAAAGAUGCGCGUUUACGAAAUGCACAAAUAUUAUGGCCAAGUUCGCAGGUUCGCGAAUGCGACUUCGACAUCGCCAUCUGCGGAACAAUGCCUAUGUCUUGCUAACGCCAGUAGCGAGAAUUCGUACCUACUCAUCGUAUUUCUUAAUGUUAUGAGAAGCAUCAUCAACGUGUGAGACUUUGUGUACUGUACUUGUAUACCUAUGUGUUAAAUUAUUAUUUUUUACGCCAUUCCUGUUUACAAAAUAUUGUGUGUGGGUGUGAUUGUGUGAUUGUGAAUGUGAUUUUAAAUGUACCUAUGGGUAAAGAGUAUUUGCUUAAUAUAACUACUUACCUAUUUAAAUGCCUGUGUGUGUGUGUUUUUUUUCUGAAAAUGAAAUUCGAUAGGGUAUAGAAAUAGAAGGGGUGGGAGAAAUGUAAAUUAUUCGUACAUUUGUACAUUAAAUCCAUCGAUAAUUUUUUUUUUGCAAAUGCCUAUUAUUUAUCGCGUUUCAUUUUUUACGUUUUUUUUUUCUUUUUUUUUCUUAAUUUUAAGCGUAUACCUUUCAGUAUUGAUUAUUUUAAUAUUUUAUGUGUCAUGUAAAAAAAAACAAUCGCAUCGAUGUGAAAUACACUUUUUUUACCGAU